AUGUCUCACGGUGCCAGCGGCUACUUUUACUACGAGUACCUCUACGAGUUCGAGUGGGACUUCAGACCAGGCUUCCAGCCCGAUCCCAAAGCUCAGGGCAAAGACGAAGGCAAACGACCGCCAUACCGCACUGCUUACUACACUGAGCAUCGCCAAGACCACGGAGCGCAGACCGACUGGUACAAGAACCGAGUGAGGCCCACCAUCGAGGAAGACUGCAAAAAGAUCAUCGACCUGUACAAUGGGCAGAACCUGGAACGAUACCCGAAAGAAGACCAGGGCCGCAAACCCAACAGAUUCGGGCGGAUCAUGAAGCCAUUUAAUUGGAAUGCUGUCAUCGAGAGACAGUUCAAGUGGACCAAGACCCUUCCCACGACAACCGAGGGUGACGAUCAGGGGAAGCCUUAUGGCAAGAAGAUUUGA